UUUCUAUUGUUCUAUUUAACGUGCGAAAUGUACAUAUAAAAAUUUGCAACUUUUAUUUAUUAGAUUGAAACACAUGUUUAGGAAAUCUAUAUCUAUAUGUUUUGUGAAGUAAAGAGGACGUUAAAUAUAUAUAUUCUGUACCUGACCUGUGAAAUUAUUCAAACUUUUAUAGAAUCCAUAUGUAUAUGAAAUAACUUUUUUCUCCAUUUACAAUAAAAAUUUAAACGUCAUUUAAACGUAAAUUUACGCUAAUCACGAUACAUGCAUCAAAGAUAAUAUAUUUGGUGAUGUAAUCAUCAGGAUUAAAUCAAAAUAGAAUAUCAUAUAACGUAAUAAAAUAAUUUAGUUGCGUGUACGUAUUUGAUAAAAUUAGAAGUAUAUGUUCCAUUUGUAUCAUUACGAUUUUAUUUUAAUGUUAUUAAAAAAAGUUACUGUUUUCUAUUUCAAUAAAUGGUAUCGGGUACCAAAUUGAAUAAGCCGUUACUAACAUACAAUAGUCGCGAAGAGAAGCACAUAUGUAUGUGAAAAAGUUAGUAGAACUUUGUGGUUCUACUCCGUUGUUGAGUAAUCAGUAAUAUUCUGCCGUGUGUCAGUUUUGCUUAGACGCUUAAAUAACGUAAACGAUGGAUCAUCAGAUAUUUAAAAUAUACAAUCAGGAAGACUUUAACAGAAUUACAAGAGGUAUCAAAGUGGCACAAUGCAUGCAAUCGCGAUCGUCAUCUGUUUCAGAAAAUGAGAGGACGCUAAGUCAACUUGAUGAUUUAGUUAUAUCUGACUCCUUAAGUUGUUCAUUUUGCAACACUGUAUUUGAAAAUAAGACACAGCAAAGACUUCACUAUAAAUUAGAUUGGCAUCGGUACAAUUUAAAACAGCGUUUAAAUGGAUUAAAACCUAUCAAUGAAGAUAAAUUUAGUCUCUUAGCUGAUGAAGGCAAUGUUUCAAGCUUAUCUGGAAGUGAUGUAGAUUCUGAAAAUGAAGACGAGACCUCAGAAGCAGGGAGUGGACAUUGUGAGACUAAAAUUUUCAUUAAGAACAAGAAAAUUGAAAAAAAAGGAAAAAAUGUAGAAUCAGUUUCUGAUAGUUCUGACACAGAAUAUUCUGAUGAUAUCAUCAAAGAGAAGAAAGUUGAGGCUUUAUUGAUUACUGCGAGUCGUCAUUCAAAAGUAUUUUUUGAAAAUGAUGAUGGAAAUAUAUUUAGUAUAUACAGGUGUUUACUUCACAAUAAGAAGAAUCACUUGGCAUGUCUAUACUUGCCAGAUCAGGAGAGAUGCAAUUACAUUUUAGGAUAUUCCAGAGGUAGACAAUGAUAUGAUUACUCAGGCAUUGAACAGUGGAAAAGAAACAACGUGGACUGUCAUCAUGAUUGGAGGAGGACAUUUUGCUGCAGCUGUAUUCCAAAAUGGGGAACCUAUUGUACACAAAACAUUUCAUUCUUAUACUGUACGUGCAAAACAAGGUUUUGCUCAAAGUUCACGUACAGUAACUAAUCAUGCAAAGAGUGCUGGAGCUAGUUUGCGUCGUUAUAAUGAAGUAUCUCUUCUUCAGCAUGUGCAAGAUAUACUUGAAUCGUGGUCAUUUCAUAUCAAUAAUUCCUCUUUAAUUUUAUAUAGAGCGGUUGGUCCAUAUAAUCGUACUGUGUUAUUUGGAGGAAAAAAUCCACCUUUAGAUAAGAAUGACUUAAGAUUAAGACCGCUACCUUUCCCUACUCGUAGAGCAACAUUUAGUGAAGUUAAAAGAGUGUAUGAUGUUUUAAGUUCCAUGGAAAUUUAUGGUUCUGCAUCUGAUUUUACAGACUCUUUUCCUAUUUCACCACGUCAACCUCUUAGGAAAAAAGUUUCAAAAACUGAUGGAUCCGGCGAAAUUUUAGUUGAAAAUGUAGAAUAUGAUGCUACCAAUAGCACGUGUAAUUUACAAGAUAGCGAGAAGAAUAAAGUUUCUGUUCAACCAUCUCCCGAAAGACAACAUAAAAAUUCUCGAUCUCACAUAGAUAGAGCAAAACCAAGAAAAAGUCCAUGUCGUCCUUUACCCGACAUUGUUGCCAGGUUGGCACAAUCAUCUUCAGAAUCAGAAUUGGAUAGUCAAAUAAGCACUCCUAAUAUUCCAAUUGUUUCAUUAAUUGAACAGGAAUUAGAAAUAGAAUUUAAUGAAAAUUUACUCGCUUUUCAAGAUACUGUGCCAAGAUAUAUGAAAAAUAAGAAAAUUCGUCGUCAAAGAAAAAAGGCUAAGAAAGAUGAAUGCGUACUAAACGAAACGUUAACCAAUGCUAAAGUUAAACUAUGGUCUGCAUGUAAAUUAGGUGACGAUGAAUUAUUGUCAUCUGUUAUUAAUGAUUUGUUGAUUGAAAUAAAAAAGAGUGUAGAGUUAGAAAAUAAAUUAGAAAAUAAGGAAGACGUAACUGUAAGUUGUAAUUCAGUUAUAAACAAAGAUGAUAUGACGAAAUUGGUAAAUGAUCCUAAUGAAGAUGGUAAUACAAUGUUACAUGUAGCAGCUUUGGGUGGACACCUAAAAUUAGUAUGGCAAUUAAUGGAAGUUGGAUCAGAUCCUUGUAAUAAAAAUAAGAAACUACAAACACCAUACGCUGCGGCAAAUGAUAAGGAAACCAGGAAUAUGUUCAGAAGAUUUAUGGGUGCCAAUCCUGACAAAUUCAAUUAUAGCAAAUCUCAAAUACCUGGCCCGCUUACUGACGAAAUAGAACAAGAAGAACUAGAAAAAAAGAAACAACAAAAAAAAAUAAAACGAGAAAAAGAUAAAGUAAAGAAAAAAGAAUUUGAACUGAAAAAGCGAGAAGAAGAUGCAAAACAAAGGUAUCUGAAUCUCAGUGACAGAGAAAAGAGAGCUUUGGCUGCAGAACAACGUAUUCUAAAACAAGGCUGCAUUAUGAUUUCACGAUGUUUUCAAUGUGGUGUAGAUAUGGCAGGUCAAGUUCCUUUUGAGUAUAAUUCCAAUCGUUUCUGUUCUAUGCCGUGCUUAAAGGAACAUCGCCUUCGCAACAAAGUUGUUAUCUGAUGACAUUUUAUAUUCAAAACUAUAAAUUGCUUAUGUUUUCACGGCCUAGUCUUAAUUUUUCAUCACUUAUAAAUUAUGAUGUAAUGUUUCUUAUGAAACUAGAUUUAAAUGUACAAUUUUUUCAUUAAUGAAAAGAGAAUUCAAUUAUUAUAAUUCAUUCAAGAUAAUAUAGAUAUGUAAAUUUAAGAUAUUUUAUGUUACCUACAAUACCUGUGAUGCAUGUUUAUUUGCGUUAUUUGGAUAAAAUUUCUUGCAUGUAUUUUUCAAAUUUUGGGAAGAGACUAUAAAAUGUGACUUGAUGUAUAUACAUACAGGAAUUUUUAUAAUACACACAUUUCGGUAGAAAUGUGCUGAAGUAUUUCAAAAUUUCUUUCAUUCAUUUUUCUUUUUGAAAGUAUUAACUUUAUGAAAGAUAAGGCUGCACCCAUAUUUGUUACAAAUUAAAUACAUUUUAUAUACUUUUCACUUUGAUGAUUACAUCUUUAGUAUAACAUUUUUAAUCGUAAUAUUAAAUGACACAUAAAGAAGUAACAUUUUUAUGUUCACGAUAAACGAUAACUAAGUUACACACUCACGACCGCAAUAUUACAUACACGCCGAGUUUACAAUAUUAUAACAUUACAUCAAUUAUUUUACUGUUAUAAUAUCAUAACAUAAUUAUAAUACA